AUGUUCGGUCUCCAUUCUCGACGGCUCUUCACUCAAAUGUUUGGUGUCUUGGAUAUGAGCCAAAAACUUUAUUUUUAUAUUCUCAAUUGUGUUUUUUUUCCUUGGUUGUUGUUUUGUGGUCAGGCGGACUGUAACGUGACUCAAGAUUUUAGUCAUUAUAAGGAGUAG